AUGCGGGCAAUUCUUUACGGUUCGCCCUGUAUUAGGCUCACUGUGGGAAGGACAGGACCUUCUCGGUACACGGGUAUCCCGGCGGCGCCCAUCUCACCCCUUCCGCGGGAGGGGACGCCUGUCCUGGCCUCUCGGCUAUGGUCAGGGGCCCCUACUGGAGUGAGCCGGUUGGGCGGGGGUGUCGAAGUGGAAGUAACGCGGAAAUGGGGGCGGGUCUGCGUCCUCGGGGCCCAUCAGGCGCCGCAGGGGUCGGGGAGGGGAACAGGGGCGUGGAGAGGGUCCUACGGCGCACGCCGGGCGGAAAGGACGGCCCCAGAUGGGGAGCUGACGCCUGCCCCGGGGAGGCGACGGGAGAAGGGCGUCAGUUACCUGCGGCAGGAUCUGGAUCGGGCUCGGGCUCGGGCUCGGGCUCAGGUUCGGACUCUCCCAGGUCCAGUCCGGCUGCCCGCCCGGGGCACGCCGCAGACCCCGCCUCCGCGCAGCCCGAGGCUCCGCGACCAAUUACGCUCGGCCCGCCGGGGGCGCCACCGCGGCCGGGCUCCUCCCUCCAGGCGGGGCUUCUGCGGGGCCCGGCGCCCCACCUUUCCCGCCCCAGCCCCUCUCCCGGGUUGCUUCCUGGCUGAGCGGCUGCAGCUCCUUGACUCCAGCUCCCUGCUCUUUGAAUCAUGGCUGCAGGAGGGCUUCUUCAGCAAAAUUGCUCCAGUUGUGCCCUCAGAUAGUAACAAGGCUGGCCAGAGGGGCUCACCCCAGCCUGGACCAGCUACGAGCCCUUUCACAGCCAUUAUCCAGCUCUUUACCUCCUCUUCUCACAAGAUUCCUGUGGUCAAGGCAGAGCAGGUGACAGCUACCCUCAUCACACUGCUAAGAUUCUUGAUAUUUCCAUUGGCCCAAAAUGCACUAAGUCAUCCCCAAAUUCGAAGCAUUCAGCAAACAAUGGCAAGGCAGAGCCACCAGAAAUGUACACCUGAUUUCCAUGACAAAUAUGGUGACACUGUAUUAGCUAGUGGAGCCACUUUCUGUAUUGCUGUGUGGACAUAUACAGCAACACACAUUGGAAUGCAAUGGAACCUGUCCCCUGCUGGCAGAGUCAUCCCAAAGGAUUUGAGAGACCAGUAA